GGAACUAAAGUGUGUGUUGUUUCUGCCCGAGCAGAAAAGAUAUGUGUACCGUCGGUCAAACUGACAAGUGCAGUCAGUGAGCAAAUUUACAGUAGCUAGUUGUCAACCUGUGUUAUGAAAGCAUGUAUGCGAAUAAGUUUAGUCGCUUCAUGUUGGGGCUGUACAGCCGUACAACGACCGCAGUGUGCGGUGUGGUCCAGCUCCAGACUGCGGCAGGACGCAGCGGCUGUAGCUGGACCUCGGUGUGUAAACAGCGGACACUGUGGCUGCAGAGGAGCGUCUCUCUGAAGACCCGGCAACAUACCGAGCCCGGUCACACCAGUGCUCGGUCAGCCUCCCAAACAACGGUGGACCCGGAUGAGGUGAGGAGGUUCCAGUCACUGGCCAGCAAGUGGUGGGAUGAGCGGGGAGAAUUUGCUGCUCUUCAUGCCAUGAAUGACCUGAGGGUGCCUUUUGUACGGGAUAAUCUGCUGAAUGUGCAGAGAGUGCGGUAUCCUGGAAAACCACUGGGAGGACUCAGAAUACUGGAUGUGGGCUGUGGAGGAGGCCUGCUCACUGAGCCUCUGGGUCGUCUGGGAGCUGAUGUGCUGGGUAUAGAUCCGGUAGGCGACAGCAUCAGUACAGCCCAGCUGCAUUCGGCCAGUGACCCGGACCUCCGUGAGCGGAUCUGCUACCGGGCCUGCACUCUGGAGGAGCUCUCCGCAGAAGAAGAGGAGCAGGGGGCGAGCCACUUCGACGCUGUCGUAGCCUCCGAGGUGGUGGAACAUCUGGCCGACCUGGAAACAUUCGCCUUCUGCUGCAGCCACGUGCUGAAGCCAGGCGGCUCACUCUUCAUCACUACUUUGAAUAAAACCAACCUGUCCUACAUGCUGGGUAUCGUUGUAGCCGAGCAGCUGCUGCGCAUCGUUCCCAGCGGGACGCACGACUGGGAGAAGUUUAUCAGCCCUGUAGAGCUGGAGCGCCUCCUGGAGUCCAAUGGUUUCUCAGUGCAGUCUGUCCAAGGAAUGCUGUACAACCCUGUAUCAGGAGCCUGGAGCUGGACCAACAGCACUGCCAUCAACUACGCCCUUCACGCUGUCAAAGCAGGAGAUGAUCCCCACACCGACCAGCCCGAGGACAACACUGCGGCCACGCACAGCUGAGCCGCACAGCUGCAGAACACGUCAGGAAAUAGAUUCACGUGUGGGGUCCUAACUUCUCCAGCCAGCUGUGAAGCAGCGUAUGAGACGGAGGUUUAUAAAGGAAACGGGACAAACAGCCUUGAGAUACAAUGAAAGAUGUACUGUAGUUGCACUCUGAAUAAGAUUGCAUUCUCUGUCAGUCUUUGCUUUGCCAUGAAGUGAUACAAGCAGUUUAGGAAAUGUUGAGUGGCUGAUGAGUACAAAGCAACUGUGAAUCCUCUAACUGUGUCUCUCAAUAAUGUUCGUCAUCUUCAGUGUAUACUGAGCUGAAUCACUUUAAUAUUUGAGCUUGAAUGUUGUGUGAUUUGUUAAUCAGUUGCGUUUCUGAGGAGUGAAACAUCUGAUUUAUUGCGUUCUGGCUGCUAACAAUAAAUAGGAUUUCCUGUUGGUUUUGGCUGCACAUGGGAAAUUAUUUUCGCUAAAGCUAUGAAAAGAAAUGUGUCCACACACGAGGAUGAGACAGUCACGUCCUCUGGGAUUAUAAUGGCUCUCAUGUGGAAGUAUUACAUAAUGCAAAUCAAGCCUGUGGCAGAGAAUAAGUCAUGCUUGCAUGAUGUUCUUAAAGUGCUUGCAAAGAUGAUAUUUUUUAACAAAACGGACUGUGGGGACUUUGUGGAUGAUCAGGGCUUUGAGGGAACGUUACUUCUGUUACUUCACUUUCUAGAAGUUAUUAAAUGUGUCUUAAAGAUCA